AUGGAGAGCAGCCCAAAUCCUAUUGCUGGUCUGCGCGUGGCAGUCAAGCAGACCAGUACAUAUCCCCUCACCAUCACCAUCACCGUCGUUAAUGAUAAUGACCAUACGGUGACAUUUCUCGUAUAUAAUUCGCCGUUGGAUGUCGCCGCGCCCUCUAUUGGUCUGCUCACCAUCACGCCUGACGGUGCUUCAGAGCCUCUAGACUUGCCAAAGCUCCAGAUUCAGAGACAGUGGCCGCCUAGUCCCGAAUCGCUCAUUCAGCUAGAGCCAAGCGCAAGUCAAACAGCAGAAAUUGUUCUCAAGGACUUUGUUACCUCCAAACUUACGAAAAAGGCGUCUGUUACUCUCAAGGGUCGUUGGGAUAUGGUGUGGAACAAGCAGAAAGAUGCUGUUACAGCUGAAAUGAUGGAGCAAGCACAGCUGCAGCUCGACCCAGACAUGUUCAGUGGCAGCUUCGCUACCGAAGGCUUGGAAAUAUUCGCCGCAUAA